CAUCAUCAGCUGCUAUAAUCAGCCUACGCGUGUGGUGAUUCCCAGCGUACACGGGUUUAUCUCUAGACGUCUCACAUCCACUGUACAUCUGAGCAUAUUUACCUCUUAGCAUAUCAAUUCAGGCGUUAGGACAGAAACAGCGCUAGUCCAGUCGGAAUCAUGUCUGUAGCGGGACUGAAGAAGCAAUUCCACAAAGCCACUCAGAAAGUUAGUGAGAAGGUCGGAGGGGCAGAGGGAACCAAACUAGAUGAAGACUUCAUGGAAAUGGAAAAGAAAGUUGAUGUCACCACAAGGGCGGUGUUGGACAUUAUGACCAAGACAACGGAAUACCUGCAGCCCAAUCCAGCAACUCGUGCCAAAAUGAGUAUGAUGAGCUCCAUGUCUAAAAUUCGUGGUGGAGAUAAAGGUCCUGGCUACACACAGACUGAAGUCAUCCUGGGAGAGUCCAUGCAAAAGUUUGGCAGGGAACUCGGGGAGGAAUCCUGCUUUGGUUUGGCUCUGAUCGAUGUUGGAGAAGCCAUGCGAGAGCUAGGUGAAGUUAAAGAUGCUUUAGACAUGGAGGUCAAGCAAAACUUUAUUGAUCCCUUGCAGAAUAUGCAUGAUAAAGACUUAAAAGAAAUCCAGCAUCACUUGAAGAAGUUGGAAGGGCGACGAUUGGACUUUGACUAUAAGAAGAAAAGGCAAGGAAAAGUCACGGAAGAUGAGAUCAAACAGGCCUUGGAGAAGUUUGAUGACUCAAAGGACAUUGCCGAACAAAGCAUGUUUAACCUUCUGGAGAGUGAUAUUGAACAAGUGAGUCAGCUUUCUGCUCUGGUCCAAGCUCAGGUGAACUACCACAGACAGUCCUCAGAGAUCCUUCAGCAGCUGUCCAGCAAGUUAGAGGACAGAAUAAGAGAGGCUUCUAAUAAGCCAAGAAGAGAGUAUGUCCCCAAACCUCGCACUUCCAUGGAUUUCAGCGAGAACCACAAUGGGAAUAUUGGGCACAGUGGCCCUUCCAGGUCACCAGCUCCAAUGGACCAGCCUUGCUGUCGGGCACUUUAUGAUUUCGACCCUGAAAAUGAGGGUGAGCUAGGCUUCAAGGAAGGGGACAUCAUCACCUUAACCAGCAAGAUUGACGACAACUGGUAUGAAGGAAUGAUCAAUGGGCAAUCUGGUUUCUUCCCUGUCAACUAUGUAGAUAUUCUGGUAGCUUUACCCCACUAAGUCUUAUGCAUGUACCCUAAUCAUGACCUGACCAGUCAAACGACUUCUUCUGCAAGAAGAGAAAAUAACCAAAACAAACAGCACAAACAGCUCUGUGGUAUUUGCGCAUAGGAAACAAGCAAUGAAAACAUUUGAGUGCCCUUUCGUAAAUAUUAUUCCUGACUUGGAAUGCCACCACUUUGUUGUAUUAAUUUAUUUUAUUUAUUUUCUUGAGGUUGAUCUGACCUCUGCAUUGCCUGCUGCUAUUCCUACUGUAUGUUUUUCAUUUUUGCCUGUUUCCAUUUCCAACAACAAGCCAUGAAUUGGUCUCUUUAUCCAAACUCUUUAAAAAAAAAACUGCAAUAAAGUAAGAUAACUUAUUCUGGUAUUAAGUUCUUAGCAGAAUGUAUUUAUGAAAAAUUAUUUGAAGGAUAAUGGUCAUCAAGGUGAUGUGAAGUAUUAAACAUUUGAGGGUUUUAUUUCUUUGAAAAUGCAAUAAUUGCAAAACAAAUAUGCUUUCACAUCUUUCCUGUUCAUAGUGUGAAAUAUCCCAAUGUUUAAUGUCCUAAAAAAAUAGCCUUUAAGUGGUGUUAGAUUUGACUAUUUAAAUAGAUUAAUAUUUAGCAGCAAAGAAAAAAAUGAGACGAGGAAAGUUAAGUGAAUCAUUUAUUUGUUGUUACAGUGUGUCAUUCUAUACGGUAACAUUCUAACAUUAUAUAUGGUCCAUGAAUCCUGGGGGCAUUUUCAAGCUUCCAUAUCACAUUUCAUAGAUGGUAAACUGAUCACUAAAAGGCAACCCAAAAUUCUUUUGGGAUUCUCAUAAAGUAGUGUGUGUGCGUGUGUGUUUCUAUAAAUAUGCGUGAGUGUGUUAUCUGAACCCAUGAAACUGUGCAUAUCAAAAAUGUUUCAUAUAUUUUUCUUUUCAUUUUGUAAUGGUGAAGUGUGUAAUUGUUACGCUAGUAAUCGCAACAAACAGAAUUGUAAAGAAAUUACUUCAUAAACAGGUUAUUCAAACAUUUCGCCAUUCCAAAAAAAAAAAAAAAAAAAAAAAAAAGACAGUUCCGGUCUGAAUUUGAAAGUGCCACAGAGCAAGAGUGUUAUAACUCUUUGAGGAUAUGAUCACAUUGUUUUUGCACUUCAUCAUGCUAAACUGGAGUAAGAGAAAGUAUUUUAACAUCACAAAAAUUACGCGCAUCACCUGAUGUCUGAUUUAAGGCAAGAAUGAAUUUCUGACUGUAAAUGUAUAAUUUGGUCUAAAAUUUCCACAGACAGAAUAAGAUUAUGUGUUCUUAAAAGAUUAUGUGUGUUUAGUUAAUGUAUUGUUUAUUAUUGUCAAAUCUAAGAUCCCCUUUAUAUUAAAAAAAAAAAAAUGAAAUGAGCAUAUAUUGUAUUGGCAGGACAUUCCAAUAUUUUUCAAUUGUUGUUUAUCCUCAGUGAGGUCUGUACAGUCAUUUUUGUGUUUUAUUUCCUAUUUGUGUAUAGUCAUGUAACUAUAGUACCAUGUGUUAUUUUUGGAUCAGUGUUACAGCAUUUACCACUAGAUAUAAAAUGGACACUGAAUAUUUAUUAAAGUGCUGGGGGAGUGUUUAGUCGCAAAGCACUACAUAUCAACUCCAGCAUGAAUUUUCAGUGACUCAUCUGAAUUAAUAGGCUUGUAAUGAGAACGAAAAAAUAGUGCAACUACAAUAAAAACAACAGUUUAAUGGUG